GUGACCCUCGAGGGGACCAAGGUACCGACGCCUCGAACACCACGAAGAGAGGACCACCAUCAUCACCACCAUCACCACCACCAUUCCUCAUCCAGCAGGGAGCGGGAGCGGGAAAAGAGAACGAGAAAAAGAGCGAGAACGUGAACGAGAAAGAGAGGCAGCAUCCUCCUCAUCGUCAUCCUCAUCGCAUCAUCCAGCUGCCUCUUUUCCAGCCAGCCUUGUCUUUUCAAAGCCAGGACUUUGGGGAAGUGGGCCCUCUCCGUCACUGUACAGCCACUCAUCACACUUACCUCCAUCACCGCUUCAUUCUCUGCACUCAACUGCCUUCACCCACACCCACACCCACCCUCUACACCCACACCAUCACCCCCACGCUCACCCACAUCCAGCAGUACCCCACUCCAGUCACGGGAUGUUUGCACCCCCGAUUCCUCCUGGUCCAUCAGCACUUGCGUCCUCUGGGCUGUCUUCAGUCUCGGCUUCGUCUUUCGGGUCUGACUUACUGAGAGCAGAAGAAGUGAUCAGUGUUUUUCCCCCUCCCUCCUUAGGACAAGACUUCCUUCAUCAAGAUUUAAACAACCGACUGUUGGCCCACAGGGGCGCAGAGACUGGUCCGCUGCCUCCUUCCACCUUUCUUCGGUCCGUAGCUGCUGCCACAGACGCAGCACAUCAUCAGCAUCAGCAUCUUCACAAUCAUCAACACAUGCAUCAGCACACCUACAACGGGCUUGGGCAGCCCUCUCUUGUGCCAACCCCUCCCCCUCACCUGUUUGACAAAAUUCCUAAGUCACCCUUCGAGUCUAGCCUGUACCGGCCAAAUCUGUUAACUGGGUAUAGUCCCGCGUUUGCAUCCCUGCUACCACCUCCAUCUGGGGCACUGGCAUCCAGUCUUCAAGGGGCAUUCCAGCCGAAAGUAUCAGUUCGUUGCCAACCAUGGACCUGUACCGGGUCGUCUGCAUGAUGCUGGCCUGGCGCAAAAAACACUUUUACCCGGCCAGAUGUUGCUUCCUUUUCGUGACCGAGAAAAGCCUGCAGCUGUUCCAGCUCCAUCUGUUCUUCCACAGCCCAAGAAACAGGGCAGGUGGUGUGCUGUGCAUGUGCGGGUGGCCUGGGAGAUCUACCACCACCAGCAAAAGCAACAGCAGGAGGCUGCCACUGGACCUGGGCCUGCCACCAAGCCAGCUGAUAAGCCAGGUGAUCCUCUGAGAGGGGACCCAUUGAGGGGCGACCCUUUGAGAGGAGACCCGCUCAAGGGGGAUCCUCUCCGCCACAGUAACCAUCUUCUGCCUGGUGCAGCACUGCCACGCCCUCCGGACCUUCAGGCAGCUGGCCCCGCUGCUCUGCUUGCAUCCAGUCACAGUCGAGCCCUUGAGGCACUUCCUCACCACAGUACCUCCUUCUUCUCACCAGGUCCUUUAGGUCUGCCACCUUUUCCUCGACCUGCACCCUGCCCACCAUCCAUGAUCGGACUUGGAUUCGGUGGACUAGGUAAGGGAGGCUUGUUGGGUCGUGACCUUCCAAAUCCAGCCUUGACCUCACCUCACGAGUGGAAUAGGUUACAUCGCACUCCACCUUCCUUCCCUGUAUGGCCAAAGCCAGACUUGGAGCGGGAGAAAGAGAAAGAAAGAGAAGCUGAGCGAGAGCGUGAGAGAGAACGAGAACAAGAGCGAGAACGAGAUCUCCGCAGAGAGGAAGAAAGAGAAAGAGAGCAGAGGUUAGCCAGUCAGAGGCUGGAAGAGCGAACUCGGUACAAAGACUCUGAUUUAUCGCAGCCAUCAGCACGACCAAGAUCACGAUCACCUUUACGUAACGGUCGUCUAGACUCCAGCAAAUCGGACCUUACUGGUGGAGUGGAUCGUCGUCUUGAUGAGAAAGUUGUAUCAGCGGUGAAGGUGAAAGAAGAAAGAAGAGAGGAAGAACUGUUGCAGGCAGAGCGUGACAAGAUGAUGCAAAACUCAUAUCUUGGCCUUGCUGGCCACCAUCUCCCACCGCACUCAGUGGGGCCUCCACUUGGAUUUACUCUUCUAGAUCGUACACGCAUGGUUCCGCCUCCACAUACCUACCUGCCAGGGCUUGAUCCUCGACCAGCCAUGUCAUCUCCUGCCAUGUGGAAUCCAUUUGACAAGACGUCACAAGAGAUCAACCACAGACUGGAGCUGGAGAGAGAACGAGAGAGGGAGAGAAUGGCCAUCAUGUCCCGGUUGUCUGGUGCCACCUCUAUUACACUUAUGGAGCAGGAGCGACUGAAAGAGCAGAUGUUCCGCGAGCAUCAGGAGCGAGAGCUGGAGCUUCGCAGGCAAUAUCUGGAACGCCUGCAGCCAUAUGAACGCGAACGCCUGUCAUACGAGCAGAAGAUGCGCUCCAUGGAGGCUGUUUUUGCUUCGGCCGCCUACAGUCCAUUUGCACGCACGAUCUCGCCAAUGUUCAACCAUCAUGCCGCCCAUCACCUGCCCACCGGCAGCAAGAGCAAUUCACCUGCUUCUCUUGCCCCGGGGAUUCCCCCCCCUUUGAUACCUUCUGCCAGUGCCACGGUUGUGCAUCCACCUGCUCCCACUGGGGUGCCCCCUCGAAGCCAUGACAGUUCACCCACCUCUAGCAAGUCCAAGGGCUACAGCCCUGCUGACAGUACCAGUGAUCUCAAGGACAAGCGAGAUUCGUGUUCCACAGACCCGGAUGCACAUUCACGGUAGCACAGAGCAGAAGCUGCAAACGUUUCAUUGGCCUUGCGUCCUCUGGGAAGAUCAGAGUAACUAUGAAAGUGCUGAUGAUGGACAGUUCUGGAUUGUCCAUGAUGCUGACGUACUGCCAAAAUUUGUAGACCUGAUAAUGGAAGGCCUGCACAAGGUGAUCCAACAUUGGAGUAACUGUUGGUGCUUUUCAUUGUGUUGGGCAAGUGGGAUGCUUGUAUCGGAUCCGAACCCUUGCAGGCCAGUUCUCAUUGAAAGGCUGUUGGCAAGGGAGUCUUUGUGCAUUUGCAUGCAUGUAUGGAAAACUGUGUGCUGUGCGUUCUCCAGCUCAAGUCCAGGUGAUGCUGUGAGCCCGGGGCCUCUCCAUUUGACUUUUUCCUGCCAAGUCCCACUUCACUCAAUGAAGGAAGUGCUCAGUCAACUGUGAAAUAUUCAGAAUUUCUGGGAUGUUACAGAAACUGCACCACAAGCAUUUGCCAACUUUAUUUACCAUAAUUUUUUUUAAGUGCAGAAUGUUUCCAUGGUGGAUAUUUCACGAAGAAUGUCAACUUAUGGAAGCAGUGGGAGUUCCUGGAAAAUGUAGCUGUGAUUUUUUUUAAAUUGAAGAUCUCUGUGCUGAAUCUAGGUGUUGUAAACCUGUUUCCUUUCUUGUGGAUGCUGUGAACUUCAGAGAGCGUAAUUCUUCAUAAAGAAUUUGUUCCCUUAUUCUCUCAGGUGUCUGUGUAACCGCUUGUCUCCUCCUCUAAUCUCCCCACCCUUCAAGUGACAGCGUAUGGUGUGAUUUGUUCGCUCUCAAGGUAGAAAAAUAACAGAAACCCAGUUGUUUCCCUGUUCAUCUGUAUAAGGAAGACCACACUCAACCCCUUCUCCCAUGUGCUGUGAGAGCAGUAUGCAGAUCCUGUAGUAAUAUUGCUUGUGUAGUCAGAAAGACGAUGGAGUCGCAGAAACAUGAGAGUUGCCAUGCAGGGAAACGUUUGGAGUUUCUAAAAUACUCAUCUUCAGAGACUGAAAAAUGCCAUAAAUAGAAGUGGGAGGGUCUGCAAAAAUUAAAGAUGGAUGCUUGCAUAGAGAAACUUCUCGACAAAAAAAAUGUAUGUUAAUGGGGAGCUUGAUGUGACAGUGUGGCCGAUGGCAGGCCAUUUGUCAAAGCAAAUGAGUGGUAGACACAUUCCAUGUUCCGGCCUGGAGAAGUUCUCACUUGAAGUCUUUUUUGCUGCUUGUCGUAUACAUGGGGUUCUAGAAGUUGCUGGGUUUUUUUAAGAUGGAUUGUUAGCCCUGACAAACUGUGGAUUGUGCUGCUCUUUGAAAGCAUUGUGUGAAUUGUGGUACUAUGACCCUAUUGAAGCUUGAAAUCUUAAAAGACGUAGGCUAACUCUUGAUCCCAAGUGUGACUGUUUCCAGCUCCUUGCAUUCAAAAAAACUACUAGCCGUUACUAAUUCUGAUGCUAGAGAUUUACCUUGGUUUUGCUGGUAUGUAUGCGAGUGGGUGAAUUGUGGAGUCCUUGGUUUAUUUGGAAUUUAGUUGGGAUGUUGGGGUCUGUUUCCAUGAAUGCCUUGAAGUAGCUCCAUGCUAUGAUCAGUUGUUGUUUUUGCGUAUGGAGGAGCAACCUCGAGAUAGUCCCAGGCUGUUUUCCUGUUUCUUCAUCACUCCAUUUACCUUGUAUUUCUUCCCAGUACAUGAAAAACCUUUCUACCUUCUUUGUCCGAUGUGUUUUGCCAAGCAGUGUAGGCAUUCUAAUUCUCAACAAAAAAACUCAGAUGUAGACAUUUUAAAAGAAAGAUGGGGUGUUCAGUACACUGAUGCCGUGAGCAGACCCAGUUGUUUUUACAUGGCAUGUUAAUAUCGUAGCCAUAAGCCAUCAGGCUAUGUGUGGUGGUGUCUCUUGUCAACAGCUGCUGUGGAUUAGUUAGUUAGUUAUGCCCUUCGCCCCUCCUGGUGCAUAGGCCAUCGACGACCGCCCUCCAACGCCUCCUGUCCUGUGCUGUGGAUUAUCUGAAUAUAUUUGAUCCAUAUACAUUUAUUAUUUUAAUGGUUUUUUUUUUCCAUUGUCAUGGACUGUUUUCUUCAUUGAUGACAAGAGAGUUGGGAGGCAGAGGUUGACUUUGUUUAUUUUAACAAACAAAACAAAAAUUGUAAGGGCACAGAGGAAUACUCAACAACAGAUGAUAGAGCCAUAUUUAGGUUGUACUGUUGGGAUUCAAUAUGGGAGGAAGGAGACUGAAUUUUGAAUUGCUUGCUUGCUCUUUGCAGAUUGUGUGUUGGGGAGAGAGAAGAGCAUGCACAAGAACUCUUGUUUUCAGAUCUCUCAAAACCUUUUCUCCCAUCUUUCUACUUGUAGAACAAUGUGUCUCCCUUAAAAAAAAAAAAAGAAAGAAACGGGAGCUGUGAAGCAUGUAAAUCAAGAGAUGUUAAUUUAGCAUAAAAUGCUUUGACGGAUGCCCAGGUCCACAUGCCUUGGCUGCCCAUCUGGUACAGCUCAAGUUUUAUUGGCUGUUGUUUUUUUUUAAUCCUUGCACAGAAUGAUGACUAGAGUUUGACAGAAUGCAAAAGAAAAUUUUGUUUUAUUUUGAAACAAACAUCACUCAGAAUUGCUUUCCCUUACUUCUAAACAUUUUGAACAAUUCUGAACUUUACAAAAAAAAUUGCAGCUGAGAAAGAAGCCUUCUUUUCUGCUAGUGGGAGGUAAUUAUUGAUAAUGAGGAGGAAAGGCAAUAUUCUUCCAAGCUCGGGAACCAAUAGAUAGUGACAGACCCUCAGUACAUUGUUUAGAAUUCUUAGAAGUGCUUUACAGAAAGGUCAUGCAUCUAGGACAAGUAUGGAAAGUAUACUUUGUGUGGAAAAUAGUUUUUUCUUCAUUUUUUUGGUGAGCUUUCCAAGAGGCAUACUCUUUUUGUGAUGAGUUGCAGAAAUAGCAGAAGAUAAAUUUUUGUGUGAAAAAGUAUCUUCAGCAUGUAGAAAUCAUUACAUGAUCAUCUGUCUUAAAACCUGUGUAGUUUUUAUUCAGAUGCAUUCACACAUGCAGUCAUACACAUUCUAGACAAUUUUCUAACCAUUUCUCUCCAAAUAAAACUAGUACACUGAGGGGUCAUAAAAUCAGAUGUUGGCGUAUCAGCACAGAUGCAAGCCUUCAAAAGAAGGGCAGUUUAAGUUACAACAGAUUUGAGAUGAAAUAACCACUUCAUCAUGAGAAAAAAUGUGGGUCUAUUGUGUGCACCCUGUAACAUGCUUGUGUAUUUUUACCUGCUGUGAUAGUGGCCAUUGUAUUUCUGUGGGAAACAUUUUUCCGUUGAAGAAUGGCAUACUUGAAUGAAAUCCUUGCAAAGUGUGUGGCAAGGGUUGUGAGCCAAAGUUCUUUUCAGUUGUAAUGACAUGCUCUUAUUUUGGACUAUGAUGAAGACAAUUUAAAUAUCUUUCAAUUUCUAUUUAUCUUGUGAAAAUUUAUAUCAUUAAUAAUUUAUAGAUAUUAAUAUUAGACCCCAACAAUAGUGAUCAUGGCUUCUGAUUGUAUAUUUUCACAUCUGCAGUUGAAGCUUCAUACAGUUGUUUUAGGUGUUUCUUUGCAGUUUUGUUUUUUACUUCAGCUACUUUGUCUGCCCCGCCUUCCCUCAACACUUCCAACUUCUUUUUCUUGUGGUGCCCUCCGCCUCUUUACCCCCCCCCCCUUAACCUUUUUUUCUCACUGUUUCACUCUGACCUGCUCUAGGGACACUUGAUUGUGUCUGCUGUAGUGAAAACUUGAACAUGAUGCAGCCUUAACACCGGAUCCCAGACAGACAGAGGAAUUGAGUGAACGAGGAUUUCUUCCUCUCCUGCCAUGCUCCCACCUCCCCCAACCCAGUGCCUCCCCUCCCGCUAUGAAUUCUUGAACACGAGAGCAGCUUUAGCCUCACAGGAAUUCUGCUAAGCGUGAUUCGUAGCAGUCCACAAUAACCUCACUCAUUCAAGUUUGUGUGUGUGGGUGUAUCAGAGUACAUGCUGUCUGUUUGCUUGUCUGCACAUCUGAGCAAUGUGCCAGUGCUGCAACUUCUGUAAUAAUAAUUGUUUAUCACAUUUACCCCCACAUCAGUUUUAAAGUGCUUACAAUCAGAACACAAAUAUACAAAUGUUGAUUCAACUUAAACAUAGAACGUAAACAGAAACGAAAAUAACAAAUAAACAGAUUCAAAGUAAAGGAGAAGGAUCUUGCAGUUGGGACAAGAUAAACAUGACCUGAAGUUGUUUAGAAUGAAAUUCCUGGGGUACGUGGCUGUCAAUUCCUGGCGCCAAAGAUGAAGCAUUAGGAAACGGAAGAGUAGAAAAGUUUCAUGAAGUACGAUGGCACAAAACCACAUUUUAUCAAGAGUUCAGAUGUCCAAAACCUGAUCAUAACAAAAUGUAACAAGAGACUGCAUGGCUCAUAGGUUAGAAAAAAGACCAGUACAGUGAAAAACUUCAAAGAAAAUGGCUAAAAUGAGGAACAGGCAGCAGGAACCUUUAAGUGGACAAAGAUGUCAGUAGGUGGAAAGGACUUGGCACAGACAGACAAACAUUAUUCUAAGGCAGAUGUGAAAGGACAUUUUAAACAGUUUAAUUUGUGACAAAAAGGUUAAAAGUGAUCUUGAAACUCCAGGUGAAAACAAUUGCACAGAGAUACCCGGACCUGCUUAGCGAAUCCACUUGUACAGGGUUGGAGAAUCACUUGUCUGCCUUGAACUAGCGGAUACUGCACAUGGAGAAUGAGAGGGUCCUAGGGUCCUAGUUGAGGAUUUCACACAGAUUUUGUUUUGAGGACACAUUGGGCUUGUGUUUGUGUGUCCACGGGCAAGCGAGCAAGAGACUGCAUGUCUGUAGAUGGGUAUGUGUACGUGUGUGUGUGAGAGAGCGAGUGCAUGCCAGUGGUAGUGUAAUGGAGUUGUAUUUAACACUAUCAAUGUGUGAUACAUUUAGACAUUUCUUGGCAUUUAUUAUUCACAUGUAUGUAAUGCCAUUGUGUGUACAUAUUUAUUGAAACUUAAGAAAUGGAAGACAGUGUUUCUAGACAAUUUUUUUUAGAAACCUGCUUUGAAUAAUAAAAUUAUAAAAGAUAUGA